UAACAGUCAACAACAUACAGUGGAAGCAAAGCAGGUGAUGGUGAGGAGUGAGGAAGAAGAAGAAGAAAAGCAUGUUGUCAAUUAUAAGGAGAAGCAGGGUGAUGUCCUCAUUCUUGUAUUACCAUCAGUUCUCCAAAACCCUCUUUCUCAAAAACAACAACAACAAGUAUUCAGUAUCAGGGUCAGAGCGAGGGUUUCAGCAUCAGCAUCGGCAUCAGCAGCAGCGGUGGAAGUGGGGGAAGGGAACAGAUGAUGGGUACGAUCACAUAAGAGCGGAAGUUAAUUGCCCACGUUGCACCAAACAAAUGACCGUUAUAUUCUCUAACCGACCCUUAUCCAUUUCGGGUCGGCAACCGGGUAUGUACCAUGCCCUCAAUCUCUGUCCCACUUGCAGAACUGCCUUCUACUUCACCCCACACAAGCUCUCUCCUUUGCACGGCUCUUUCAUCGAGAUUGGCACCGUUAACCUUAACAACAACAACCCUCACCCUCACCCUCACCCUCAAUCUUUGGGGUUUUCUCGACCCACAACCAAUCCCAAUCCCAAUGCCAACGAUUUGCCAACACCCAAGCAGAUUUUUAAGGCCCUCAACGACUUUGUGGUUGGUCAGGAAAAAGCUAAAAAGGUGCUUUCCGUGGCUGUUUACAACCACUAUAGCAGGAUACGCCUUCCAUCCUUCAAUCAAACUCAGUCGCUGGAUAACGAUGAUCAAAAUGAUUUCGUUGACCCAGAAAAAAGCAACGUAAUGCUCAUUGGUCCUACAGGCUCAGGAAAGACAUUGCUCGCUAAAACUCUGGCCCGUAUUGUAAAUGUACCAUUUGCCAUUGCUGAUGCAACAACGUUGACCCAGGCAUGUUAUGUUGGAGAAGAUGUCGAGUCAAUAUUGUAUAACCUUCUCGUGGAAGCUGAUUUCAAUGUGGAAGUAGCUCAGCAAGGGAUUGUCUAUGUUGAUGAAGUUGAUAAGAUUACUAAGAAGGCUGAGAGUUUAAACAUUGGAAGAGAUGUAUCUGGGGAGGGAGUUCAGCAGGCCUUACUGAAAAUGCUGGAAAGCACUGUAGUGAGUGUACCUGAUAAAGGAGCUCGCAAGCAUCAUUCUGGUGAUAGCAUUCUGAUUGAUACAAAAAACAUUCUUUUUAUAUGUGGAGGGGCCUUUGUUAAUUUGGAGAAGAUCAUCUCUGAAAGGCAGCAAGAUUCGUCCAUUGGAUUUGGAGUACCAGUUCGUGCAAAUAUGAGGGCUUGUGGGUUCCCUGAUGCUGCAGUAACUUCAUCACUUCUAGAGAAUGUAGAAAGUGGUGAUCUAAUUGCCUAUGGCCUUAUACCUGAAUUUGUGGGGCGUUUUCCAAUUUUAGCUGGGUUGUCUGCUUUGAAUGAGGACCAACUUUUUCAAGUCCUUGUUGAACCUAAAAAUGCCCUUGUUAAACAGUACAGGAAGAUGUUCAGAAUGAAUAACGUCAAUUUACAUUUCACUGAUAAUGCUUUGAAACUGAUUGCCAAAAAAGCCAUGGCAAAGAACACUGGUGCCCGUGGUUUAAGAGCCUUACUAGAAAAUGUUCUUACUGAGGCGAUGUUUGAGAUUCCAGACAAGGCCAAUAUUGAUAACAUAAAAGGAGUCUUGGUUGAUGAAGAGGCCGUUGGAUCCGUGAAUGGCCCUGGUUGUGGAGCAAAAAUCCUGUACAGAGACGAUGGCGCAUUGAAGGGUCAAACAAGAGCCAUAUGUUUGUAAAUAGUGUAUAGCUUAUUGUAAAGUCCUCCGUUUCUUCUUUAUCAUCCCUAUUUCUUUCUUCAAUCAUUUUCUCCCCUUAUCCUUUUUGUAUAUCCCUUAUCUUUUUGUAUAUCCCUAUUUCUUUCUUUUUGCAUUUGAAAUAAACUGUGAAGUAUGUAUACCAUAAUGUUAACUUAAAUGUUGUUAGACUUAAGAGGCACCAUAAGGAGCAGCGAGUAGACAAAGCAUGAUGGAUCAGCAGUUUAGGCCUUAAGAGAGCUAGCCUUUCAUAGUCUGGAUUUGGCCUAACAGG